AUACGGGCAAAUGAAGAGAUUGCUCAGUUGUCGUCCAACCGUCGUUACCGACGCCACUUACAUCGAGCUCUUCACGGCCAGACAAACUUGUCAAUAACUAGAAGUUCAACAUGUCACUCCUAACAGGCAGCGCAAAUGCGGUGAAAUACACGCUAUUUGGAUUUAAUCUGAUAUUUUUGAUCACUGGCAUCAUUCUUAUAGCAGUUGGAGCUGGCGUUGGCGCCGUUUAUACUGGCUAUGAACUCUUCCUGGUUGGCAAUUUCUUCUCAAUACCAACGUUAUUGAUUGUGACUGGCUCGUUUAUCAUUCUAAUAACCUUCUUUGGCUGCUGGGGUGCGCUGAAGGAGAACUAUUGUCUCAUCCUGAGCUUCUCGGUGAUGCUGUUCAUCAUAUUCAUUCUGGAACUGGCUGGUGGCAUUAGUGGCUAUGUGCUGCGCAGCCAUGCCUACGAAUAUAUAGACACAUCGCUUAAGGCAUCGUUGAGUAAGUAUUCCGCCUUGUCGCAGGAUCCAACCACGAAACUUUGGGACAAUGUGCAACGCGAUUUCACCUGCUGUGGCAUCACAAACUAUACGGACUGGGAGCCUGUGCUGGGAAAAACUGAUCUUCCCUUGUCAUGCUGCUCGAUACCCGUAGGCCAAGUGGGCACAUUUACCUGCGACACUGACAUUUACAACUUGAACUACAACGACGAAGGAUGUCUGCUCGGCUUUUCCGACUAUAUAGCUGAUCAUGCGGUUAGUUUGGGUGCUGCUGGCGUCGUUAUUGCCGUCCUUCAGUUCUUUGGCGUCAUCUUUGCCUGCUACAUAGCGCGAGAGAUCAAAAUUCGCAAUGGCAUCACCGGCAUUAUGUAGACGUCUGUAAUUGGGUCCACUGUUAAAAUGGAUGCAAGUCAAAUUCAUGGCCUGCAAUCUUAGCUUACUCUUAAGUCACAAUUGGUUCUUCAUUUCCCGCUUUUCAAGGCUAAAUUAUAAAAUAUUUGUAAACGUAUAACUUUAUGAAUAAAAAUAAUUUCGCUAUUAUACAUAUACUAGAACAUAAA